AUGAGCGACGAGCCCAACACGCGCCGAGGCAAGAAGAGCGACAAGGCGCGCCGCAACUUUGAGCUCAACGGCAAGUACAGUGCCAAGCACGUGCGCCAAAUGAACGCCGCCACGCAGUCGUCCGACCAGCCAGUGACGCCGACGACGGCGCCCGCAAAGAAGCACGAGGUCGUUGAUGCAGCCCAUCGACGCUACCUCCUUCCCACACCCAACGAAGAUUAG